GAUUGGAGUAUUUACCACCCAGCUCAUGAUUUAUUUUUUCCUAUUUUUCCCGUUAUGAAAACGCAAAUCAUGAACAACGACACCUGACGAUAGGCUCAUUCGCCACCUCGGACCACGCGCGUCCCGAUUAGUGAGGUCUCUGUGAACCAGGGGCCCUCUUUUCUCCAAUCCGGGGCCGCUCCCGCGCGCGUACAUGCAAGGGGGCUUUGCCUUUGCAGGCUUGGGGGAGGGACAGAGUGCGUUGCUUGGAGGAUGGCUAACACCGGCAAUGGGCGGCUCCCCGGAUAACCGUCCACCACCUAGCUUCCCCCGCAGUCUGAGAGACACGGGGAAGGGGAGGAGGAGGUGGUUAAGCUCGGCUGGAACGCAUGCAGCUUAUCCUCCCGCUUCGGUGUCUUCUGAGCCGUACUCUAUCCUCACUUAUCAUCAUCGUCCUUCAUUCGUCGCUCUUCUCUCGUUCGGCGGUUUUGGUUUUGUUGGAACUUGUAUAAAAAAAAGAAAAUGCGGGCGCCCACGACGUUACGGACUUUCAGGCUCGUCCAACGCCGCGGCUUUGCGACAACGCCGCGACGGCUGGAGAGCUAUGGCUUCAUCGGCCUUGGACAAAUGGGCUACCAAAUGGCCAAGAACCUCCAGGCGAAGCUGAGCCCCGCGGACGAGAUCCGCAUCUUCGACAUCAACAAGACCGCCGUCGCGAACCUGGCUAAGGAGAUGGGCCAGUCGCAGGUCAGCGGCGCAAAGGUCGCCGUCGUCGAGACCGCGAGAGAUGCUGCGACAGAAGCUGAUACCGUCAUCACUGUCCUCCCUGAACCAUCCCACGUCAAGGCCGUGUACGCCUCCAUCCUCGCCGACCUCCCGGCAAGGGAACGUAUCUUCAUCGACUGCUCGACCAUUGACCCCUCGUCCUCGCGCGAGGUUGCCGCCUCCGUCGCCGCCGCCACCGCCUCGCAGUCCUCCCCAGGCCGCCAGAGCGUCUUCGUCGACGCGCCCAUGUCGGGCGGCGUCGUCGGUGCCACGGCGGGGACACUCACCUUCAUGCUUGGCUGCGACGCCGGCCGCCUCCCGGCCAUCGAGCCCACGCUCCUGCGCAUGGGUCGGCGCGUGCUGCACUGCGGACCGCAGGGCACGGGGCUCUCGGCCAAGCUGGCCAAUAAUUACCUGCUCGCCGUCAACAACAUCGCGACGGCCGAGGCCAUGAACCUCGGCAUGCGGUGGGGUCUCGACCCCAAGGUGCUCGCCGGCGUCAUCAACGUCAGCACGGGCCGGUGCUGGCCGAGCGAGGUGAACAACCCGGUCGCUGGCGUCGUCGAGGGGAGCCCCGCGGGGAGGGACUACAAGGGCGGCUUCGGCAUUGGUCUGAUGCGCAAGGACCUCGGGCUGGCCGUCGUCGCCGCCGAGGAGGCCGGCGCGCGGCUGGAGCUGGCGGGAAAGGCGACCGAGGUGUACGCCGCGGCCGAAGCGGAAGAGAGCUGCAAGGGGCGGGACUUUUCCGUUGUGUAUCGGUACCUGGGUGGUAAGGAGUAAGCAGACGAGGUCUGGAAAGCACUUGGAGGGGUUUGCAAAAGGAAAUGAUCAGAAAGACUCGUGAGGGAGCAACACUAGACGAACGAUGAAUCAAUGAAGAGCGUAAAAGGCAUCACCGAAAUACGUCGCACCAUCCUGCCGUUGACGGCCCCGGCGCAAUUCUCUUCUCCCUGUUCGUGCCCGCCUGCGUCUUGGCCUCGGCCUCCCAACUCUUCUCCAGGGCCCUUGGCUUCCCUCUUUUCGAGGUGGUCUACGCAGAGCUCGCUGCCCACCGCCUU